AUGUCCCUACCUCAAAGACCACACCAACGUGCACUUUUUUCCUUGCUAGAAGAUGCGAUCGAUCCAAUUGUCCCUUUUCCCACGCUCAGGUGGAGCCUUGGGCAGCCGCAUGUUCGGACUUUGCACUUUUUGGCUGGUGCGAGAGAGGCGCAAGUUGUCGAUAUCGUCAUCUCCGCCAGUGCCGUGACAGACGUUAGUGAGAUUGCAUUGCCGUCGAGCAAUUCUGGUAUUCAGACACCUUCCAAUCUUGCGGGACCUCAAGCAAAGGCAAAAUCCAGUGGACCCGAUUCCAUCACUCCCAUGAUCCCUGAUUAUGACAAUGAUAAUGACGUGGGACCCAUGGAGAAAGAGCAAACUUUCAGCAAACAAGACGGCUUUAUCCCAUUGUAG